AUGUUUGAGUGGACGCUUCAAGAAAGAGUGGCAGCGGAAUGUUUGAGAAGACUGGCAGAAAGAGUACACCCUGGAUGCUCUUUAAUUCAAGAAGACUUCAUUAGAGGAGAACUCGAGUCACAACGUUUCAAAAACUGGUUGCGGCGAUGGGGAAUACAGAACCGACGGUACACCAUAGAUGAGAUUCAUAAAACGGUAACGCAGAAGUCAGGCCGGAGAACCUUCAUACCUCAAUCGUACAUCGAUCAAUGUUACAGCGACGAAAACUAUGAAGCCUUCAUGAGGGCAUGGAACGAGGCUAUUGCUGCUGUUCACGACGUGUUGUAUCGACUAACUCAAGGACUACCAGAAGAAGCUGCAAGAAAGGAAAGAGAGGAGGCAGAUUACUACGUAAAGCAUCUGCACGCUCUCGGUAUAUGGAAUGAAUUGAACUGGCCCGCUUAUCAAAUUUUGGCCUUUAAACAUUUCAUAAAGAAGUUUUCACCAACGCCCACAAAGCCAAUUUGGAACUGGAUCGAACUACAAUAUGCCAUGGAAGAUUAUGCGAAACAGCAAAACUGGCAGCGGAAGUCCUUCCCCUUUCUAACGUUGAUGGCCCAAUAUUUCUCGCGACAAAACGAAUUGGACCGAGAUCGAAGGCUGGAUCCGGCACGAGAAAAUCCAAUAUACAGAUAG